AUGUCCCUAUCAUCAGAUCUCGACAAACAGAUCGAACAACUAAAACGAUGCGAGCCGAUACCAGAGUCGGCAGUGAAAGAACUGUGUAUCAAGGCAAAGGAAAUAUUGAUGGAGGAAGGGAAUGUGCAAUAUGUGGAUAGUCCUGUCACUAUCUGUGGAGAUAUUCAUGGGCAGUUUUUUGACCUUAUGGAGCUUUUCAAAAUUGGUGGCUUCUGUCCUGAAACCAACUACAUCUUUAUGGGCGACUUUGUCGACCGCGGCUUCUACUCUGUCGAAACAUUUCUUCUCCUCCUCCUCCUCAAAGUCCGCUACCCCGACCGCAUUACCCUUAUCCGGGGCAACCACGAGUCUCGGCAAAUCACACAAGUGUACGGCUUUUACGACGAGUGUCAGAGAAAGUACGGGAGUAGUAAUGUGUGGAGAUAUUGCUGUGAUGUUUUUGAUUAUCUGAGUCUGGGGUGCGUGGUUGACGGCAGGGUGUUUUGUGUGCAUGGGGGGCUCAGCCCGGCAGUCCACAAGCUAGAUCAAAUAAGAGUGAUAGAUAGACGGCAAGAAGUGCCGCACGAGGGGCCGAUGUGUGACCUGUUAUGGUCAGAUCCAGACGAGGAGAUCAAUGGGUGGGGUAUGUCACCGAGAGGAGCAGGAUUCUUGUUUGGUCGAGACGUUGUCGAACAAUUCAACCAUACAAAUGAAAUUGAGCUUGUCGCCCGUGCCCAUCAACUCGUCAUGGAAGGCUUCAAACUCAUGUUUGACCGGCGUAUCGUCACUGUCUGGUCUGCGCCCAAUUAUUGCUAUCGAUGCGGCAAUACGGCAUCAGUGUUGGAGCUGGAUGAAAAUCUCCGGCAAGAGUACAAGGUGUUUGAUGCAGCGCCGCAGGAUGCGAGGAGUAUACCUCAGAAGAGGCCAAUGGUGCAUGAGUAUUUCUUAUAG